UUAUUUACUCAAGCUAACUUGAUGUUGCAGCAAUAAGCACCUAGCUAGCAUAUUGGCUAAAUGUGUAAACCUGGUUAACUGGCACUUUUAAACUAAAUUUAUGACCGCUUUUGUGAUUACUUUGCUCGCUAGUAUGAGGAGUCAGUGGAACGACAAUGCCUCCUGAGUCUAAAAAUUGUCGUGUCAAGAUUUAUUAAUUAUUUCUUUGAAUUUUGGACAUCACAACUGCCUGGAGGAAAUACAACUGGCGAGCGUGGCUGCUUGGAGUUCCAGCGUCAGCCUGUAGUGCCAGAGGUGGGAUGGAUCCUCUGGGUGCUCGCUCCCAGUUCGUGGACAUCCAGAAUCUCCCCACGUGGCAGCAGCAGCUGGAUGAGGAUGGCGAGGAGACACCGCUGGAGCAGAGCGACAGCCUGCUCAGCCAGCAGGCCUUCCCCUCGCCCUUCCCCUUCAGACCAGACAUCAACCGCAAGAUCAUCCUCUUCUGUGGUGACAUCGCCCUGCUGAACUGCACCGCCAUCUUGAACACCAGCAACGAGUCGUUAAACGACAAGAACCCAGUGUCUGACAGCGUCCAUCAGCUGGCAGGGCCCGAGUUGCGAGACGAGCUGCUCAAACUCAAAGGAUGUCGGACAGGUGAGGUGAAGCUGACCAAAGGCUUCAACCUGGCAGCGAGGUUCAUCGUCCACACGGUGGGACCAAAGUACAAAGCCAAAUACAGGACGGCGGCGGAGAGUUCACUCUACAGCUGCUACCGAAACACAAUGCAGCUGGCCGUAGAGCAGUCAAUGACGUCUGUUGGCCUCUGUGUGGUGAACACGGCCAAAAGAGGUUACCCACUGGAGGACGCUACACACAUGGCUUUCAGAACAGUGCGCAGGUUCCUGGAGAAUCAUGGAAACAGCCUGGAGAUGGUGGUGUUCGCAGUGUCAGACACAGAGGAGCGGCUGUACAGGAAGUUACUGCCUCUGUAUUUCCCUCGCUCUGAGCAAGAGGAGAGGGCCUGCUUGCCUCUCAUCCCAGCUGACAUUGGCAACUCUGAGGGUGAACCCGUUGUCCCAGAGAGACAGAUCCGCAUCGCAGAGAAACCAGGCACCCUGGAAGAUGAUUCUGAAGAGGAGAGUCUGGAGUCAGAUCUGGGUCAGGUGGGGAAUCACGCAUUCGCCCGGAUGGAGGGUGAUGUGGACAAACAGAGGAAACAGAUCCUGCAGGGCCAGAUGUCAGAGGCGGCCAUCCACAAACAACACCAGAGAAAUUACAAUCGCUGGCUUUGUCGUGCGAGAGCAGAGGAUCUGUCAGACAUCGCUGCACUGAAAGCCUUAUAUCAAACUGGUGUGGAUAUGUGUGGCAGGACAGUGAUGAUUUUGGUUGGACGAAACAUCCCAGUGACCCUUAUCGACAUCGAAAAGGCCCUGCUGUACUUCAUCCAUGUGAUGGACCACAUCACAGUGAAGGAGUAUGUGAUGGUUUACUUCCACACGCUGACCAGCGAACACAACCACCUGGACUCCAACUUCCUCAAGAACCUCUACGACAUCGUGGACACCAAGUUUAAAAAUAAUUUAAAGGCCUUCUACUUUGUACAUCCAACAUUUCGCUCUAAGGUCUCAACCUGGUUCUUCACCAGCUUCAGUGUGUCUGGGAUGAAGGACAAGGUUCGCUACCUGGACAACCUGCAGCAGCUCUUCACCUGCAUCAAACCUGAGCAGAUCGACAUCCCUCCGUUUGUUCUGGAGUAUGACGCACGGGUGAAUGGACCGUACCAUCCCUCCCAGUCCUCCAGUCUGUGACAGGAGACCAAUUGGACCUCCCAGCCGGGGCGACGAGGUGGUGUCAGCCUGUCAAGUGGAAGCCUUUUAUGGACAUUGUGUUGCCCGUGCGGUCUGAACUCCUAACCUCCUCUUAAGGCUCUGAAACGUCGUCGUGGGGAAACUCUCCUUUUUGUUCUGUCCUGGCCAAAAGGACAAAAUUAACAGUUGCAGCCCACAUUUAGCAGCAUGUGGCCUGCUGAGCGGUCGUUCUCUCUCACCACAGACUAUUUGUGGAUUUGGUAAUGGUUUCUGGAUUAUGCCUUACACCAACAUUUCUUAUUCAGCAGUUUCCUCAAACAUCCCUAAAUAUGAAGUUUCAUGUCGAGCCUGACAGUUUGCUCAAACGUUUUCCACCUUGUGGUCAUAUGGGACGCCCUCGCCCAUGUCUCAGAAUAUUGUCAGACUUUUCAAAUGCUGGAGUAAAAUGACGUCUGGAUUUCCACAGCGUCUCAUUCUGUACCGUACCAUGCUAUACAGGAGUAAAGACUGAGCUGGAAAUUCCCACCCAGUACGUUGUAAUAACAACCUCUUGCGGUCACAAUCUGGAAACCCCAGGGGAGAAAGUUUUUCUAUCUUAGCUAAGCUAGGUAUCAUAUAACAUUUACUUUAUCACAAAGUUACGUUUAUCUAUUAAGCAACUUAAAGGAAUAUUUCUACAUUUUUUACUUACAAUUUGCUUUCUUUGGCAAGGGCUUGAAUGUAACGCACAUUCAUUUAUAUGUAAAAGUCCCGCAUUCUAGAUUUUAUUUAAAAUACUUAAAACAUUAAUCGAUAAUGAAAAUAGUCAUUAGUUUCGGCCCUCAUCACAAGGCUGUCAGUCAAAAAGUUCUCUUCUUCUAUGGCGGUGCCUGUGUAAGAAUACCUAGCUGUUUUUAAAUCAGCCAACUUGUCAAGCUGAAGGUCCUUCUUGUCUGCAGUGGUAUUUUACAGCUUUAUGACAGCGUUUCUCCACCUGGAGGUCAGGAGAUGAUUUAUAGGAUUACACACAAUAUUCUCCCACUGCACUUACUUAUUGUCUCAUGUAUUUGCUUCCAAAGUGUUCUACAGUGAUACAUUUUGUCUUGUGAAUUGCUGGCUUAUUUUCAGCUGCUCUGCUUCCACCAGAAUUCUCUGUUUGGUUGAAUUGUUGCUGUCUCACUCACGGAAAAGAUAGGGUACACAAGCCAAAAACGAUGAAAACCAUUUUCACCCUCGCAUGAUGAAAGAAAGUAAAAUUAGCUGAUUUUUCUCCUCCUCUUGUCAGUGGAGCUUGACAUUUGUUUUUGCCUGUUUGUUAAUUAAUGAGUGUUUUUCCUUUUUUUUAUUUGCACAGUUAUGCUCUCCUUCACUUGGUGUUUUCACAAUGCAGUAGUUUGAUUUAACUUGGACUACCAGGCUGGAGGGUUUACCUUAUCAGGGCAAUUGCAAAUCAAAUGCACUGAACUAAACUUUAAAAACAUUCCUGUGAUUGUGUAACCACAGUCAUUAUGUAGCAAACCCCCAUCUGUCUGGUACCCCAAGAGGUAACACUAUAACAAUAAAUGUAGGCUCUGUUUGACUAACGUAUGUCACUUUUGGGAGGGAUUUCACACGCAUGUACUCAUCCCGUCCUGUCUGCUGUGUUUCCACACAACGUCAGAAAUCUUUAAAUCAUUUCAGCUCUGUUGGCAAGAAACAACCUUUCUCAGCUCUUGAUGGGAAAGCUAUUUUCUUAAAUGUUCUGAAUGCUGACACAGAUGCAUGUCUGCACAGUUAGAAAAGUGAUGACAGAUUAUCAUCACAGAGUUCAGCUUUAAAGAUGAGGCUUCUUAAAUUGUAAUUUACAUGUCAGAUUUUGUGGACUCAUCAUUAUUCAGCGGGGUAAAAUACUAAUCAGUUGCUUGAGGACAUUUCAUUUGAUUACUGUACUGUUUUAAAUCAAUAUACAUUCAAUCACCCUGUAAGGAAAUGCAAGGAGCCAAUAACGUUAAUCAACUGUUUGUCUUUAAAUCUUGUUUUUCUAAAAA